GCUCUGGCCGCGCGCUGGCGGGGCUCCGCAUUGCACACUCUGGGGGCGCCGCAGUGUUGGUGGGAUGGGGCAGCGGGCUGCCGCUGGCGGCCGGAAUCCGCGCGCAGCCCGGUUGCAGUUUUCAAGAAUCGAUGGGAUACACCCUAAAUGAAAACUUCCUGUGAUGGUCUCUAGUUACCCUGCUGACAGGGUCUCCUGGCUGAUUAGCUCUGAUGUCUGACUCAUUUGGUGUGAAUUCUCUUCCACUGUGCCGAGUCCCCACUCCCAGGACCUCUGUAUGAGUGAGUCCGCGACCUGCCAUGGAACCUGGCCCUGCCCUGGCCUGGCUCCUGCUCCUGAGCCUGCUGGCCGAUUGUCUGAAAGCUGCUCAGUCCCGGGACUUCACAGUGAAAGACAUUAUCUACCUCCACCCUUCAACCACACCAUAUCCUGGUGGAUUUAAGUGUUUCACCUGUGAAAAGGCAGCAGAUAAUUAUGAGUGCAACCGAUGGGCUCCAGACAUCUACUGUCCUCGAGAGACCAGGUACUGCUACACUCAGCACACAAUGGAAGUCACAGGAAACAGCAUCUCUGUCACCAAACGCUGUGUCCCACUGGAGGAGUGCUUGUCCACUGGCUGUCGAGAUUCUGAGCAUGAAGGCCACAAGGUUUGCACUUCCUGUUGUGAAGGAAAUAUCUGUAAUUUACCACUCCCACGAAAUGAAACAGAAGCCACAUUUGCCACAACAUCACCCAUAAAUCAGACAAAUGGGCACCCUCACUGCAUGUCAGUGAUAGUGUCCUGCUUAUGGGUGUGGUUAGGACUCACUUUAUAGCUGCUCCAAGGCACCCUCUGUAGAAUGGAGCCACGGGAUAACAAUGGCCCACAGUCAUGCAUGAAUCACCAGCCUGACAGUAAUUCUACAUUUGAACCACAACGCUUGAGGAUGCUACCGAGCAUCACCACUUAUCAUGGGGAAACAAGUGAUGCUGCACUGUCAAGUUCAUGACCUCAUCAAAGUCAGACUGCCUCCAAAACAGACUCUGAGUUCUAUACCACAGCCUUUGUUUUCAUGCCAAGAACUGUUUCUUGAGAUAUUUUAGUUUGGAAUCCAGGCAUGAGCCACAAGAAGUCCUGGGGCCCUCUGAGAUGUUAGGUGAUGUUAUAUGGGCAUGCAUAGAUGUGUGGAUUUUCAGGAAAAAAAAUGGUUACAGACCACUUGUUUAAAUACAAUCAUAAAUUCAUCGAUAACUUUAGAAUUAUUUUAAUAAUUUUGAUUCCAAAAUUAAUAACCUGCUUCCUUGGAGACUCUGACUGAAUCUCUAGAAAAGUAGAGAACAAUUUGUCCAAUAUCUUUUUUUCCAACACCCUUCUCCCAGUUGUAGAAGUUAUAUUUUCUCUCCUCUGUUUAGAAGAUUGAAAAGGCAAACAGACAAACUUAUUAUGGGAGAGGGGUAGCUAGAAGAUUUUUCCAACUUUAUGUAACUAGCAUCCAUAAAGUGUCUUUUUAUCCCAUCCUGUAAUUGAUGAUAUUGGCCUUGACUUGGCACCUUCAUGUGCUUCAUGAGAUUCUGGUUUCUAUCCAGACCAAUGGGCAUUCAAGGAGUUCCAAAACCAGAUGGAGGUUUUUUUCUCCAGUUAUGGAACUCCAUCCAGGCAUAAUUAAAUAUGAAAGAGGAAUUCAGAAUUGAAAGAAACUAUAAGAAUUGGGUCUGCCUCAUUUGGACAACCCUAUAAAUAGCUCAAUCAGACCUCCUUUCAUCUGCAAUUUAUACUGCCAAAGAACCUUCCCCUUUUCCUACUUCUAAUCCCCAAUGACUUUUAGAAAGAAGGUUCUACAUUAAAUUGUCUCAAGACUAAUACGAAAAGAAGACAAUAUUAUUUUAGAAUGAGAAGUCAAUGGAUCUAUCGGGAGAUUAUAAGACCAGUAAGGUGAUGCAGAGGGAAGUUUUUUGUUCUUUUAGAUGAUUGAUUUUGACAUAAAUGGUAAAAUUGUCACUCUCCUUCCUAUAUUUCUGUCACCCAAGUUACAAUUCUUUCCUCAGAAAUCAUUUAUACAGUAUUUAUUUUUGUAUGGCAUAAACUAGAAACUAAAAUCUAUUAUAAAAGCUCUUUAUUCUGAACAAAAUGGUCAAAUUAGAGUACUUAUUUUUCAACAGUGGUAGAGCUUGUAAUAUAUGUUCAAAGUUAUCUAUAAUACGUGCACCAGUGUUGAAAAGCUUACCUUAUUUUGUGAGCUAGAGUCAUGAGGAGACCUCGAGGUUGUCGCUGGUGGUUCUCUUCAGUGAUACUAUUCCAGAAGAGUAGAGGUGGUGACCAUUUCAGGUAUGAGUUUCUCUGCAGGGUUAUGGGGUGGUGUGUUUGUAUUAAAUUUGACAAAGUCGAUUCUGAUGAACUGUAGUGUGUCAUCAGGUCCAUCUGUGAGCAUAAAAUGCAUCUCUGUAUCAUAAAAUGAGACCCUCCUCAGGGACCAAAUAUGCAUGGACAGCUAUAACUCGGAUCCAGAAGACUAAAAUGUAUCCAAUGGCCUUAACUCAGAGUUCUGUAGGUUUAUCAAUACGUUGAGUAGAAUGGGGUGGAGGGAGUAGAGGGAAAGUAAAGCAAAACAUUUAUUAAGCACCUCCUCUGUGCCAGGCACUAUGCUAAGCACUUUACAUAAGUUAGGUCGUAUAGUCUCUGUAAGAGUCUUGUAAGGAAUGUUAUUGGUAUUUACAUGUUACACAUGAAGGUACUGGGGCUCUAACAUGCUCAAUAGCAUUAUGCAUUUUUGUUCCUAUUUAGAUUAUAUGGGAUGAAAUGGAUUGAAGAGAAAGAACAGGUAGAGUGACCACACUUAGGGAAGCUUUCAGGCCUUAUCUCAUGGACAAAUGUCCAACCUUUUCAUAUGAGUUUGUCUAGUUUGUCUUGUUCAUUCAAACUUUCCAUGCAGGAUGCUAUUUGCUUGUGUUCUGGAGGAUUUUUUUUAAUUUGAGGAGAGGUGGUACAACUUCCUUAUUCAUUCUUCUUGCUGGAAGAGGAAACAAGAUGAUCCUGCAUUUGAAAAUGCUAGAAGACAGUGAAGUUUCGUUGUACAUAGCUACAAGUACUGUUUUUGUGCAUGGCCACUCUCCACUGACAUCUUCCAAGUACUGCAUGUGAUUUGAAUAAGAGACAAAAUGCAAAUGUUGGCUCUGGACAUGAAUGGGACCUUUCCAAAGCCUCCUGGCUGCUGUGCAGGGACCUGGUCCAUGGGGGUGUGGACUCAUCUGGGCCCCCUAAGGUCACUGCAAAGCCCUAGUGAAUGUGGCUGUGCACUGUGUGUAUCUGGCAGAGUUGAUGCUGUUUCAUUCUCUUGAAAGAAAGUGGUCUGCUUGCCAGGUCCAGCCUCAAGGAGCCCAGGGAGGGCCAUUCACUGGAAGACCCAGAACUGGUCAGUCAUUUGAUCUUUCUGUCACAUCAAACUUUCCAUUUAAUCCCGCCAUUGGUGACAGCUCGGGGCUCAAGAGCUGUGAUGUGUAUAUUAACCUAUGUGCCACUUAUUUAUUUUUAGACACCCUACAGCAUUCUUGUCAAUGUGGGAUUAAUGCCUUGUAAAUACUGUAAAUUUUGUAAAUCAAUGAAUAAAGGUUUUAAGUGAA